AGCAGUGUGUGUGCAGUGCAUGGAUUCACAGCUAUGGCAGCCCCACCAAACAGCAAAGCCACUGGCAAGGAAAGCAGCUUUGUGGCCCAGGACAGAAUCUGGAAAGCCCAAGUCGAGACUGAAGCAGAAACCGCUAAAAGCUGGCCUGAAAGAUGGGGAUUCCUAACGACAUCGUAUAAUGAGCUGGUUGAUAACGAAGAAGCAGUCACGAAAGAAAAAGGUCGGCUGAAAACACCAGAGCAUUUGCGCGUUCGUCCUGUGACUCCAUUGGAAACAUAUAUCAAGGUGGGUCCAUCACCAGUUGUUCCUCAGACUACGCAAGGAUUAAUUGGUUGGAGGUCUACCAUCGCUGACUUACAGCUUGAAUGCUACGGCAGAUCCAGAUUCGUCAAGGGCGACUUCUGCAAGCGAAUGAAUUGGCCCCCCGAGGGUGUCAGCUAAGCCUUUGCCUUUCUCCCAUUCCCCUUCCUAUUUCACCCUAGGUAACAUCGAAUGAUGAGUAAAAGCUUUCCCGAGCAGCAAUAAUCAGAGCUGGCGUAAAUGGCAAUUUUUGCAUAUUUUCUCUCUGUAGCAAGCCGGGAAAAAACAAAUUGAAGAGUAUCUGUAAAUGUUAAAAAAUAUGCGUGGCAAUAAGCACUCACUACAAACACACUACCAUAAAAAAAACUGA